UUAGCCGCCAUUUGUUGCUUGGGAUAAAGUAGUGAGCGACAAAAAUAAGUUUGUUAUCGAUAAUAGUGCAAAUUGUAGGAAACUGAUUUACCUUAAGUUCUGAUAUUUCAAAAUGAAAACAUACAGUAGGAAAAAAACAAGUGAUGUUCAAGAGGAGGAAGUCAUAGUGGAUUUGAAUGAUUUAUGUAGACUUUGUAUGAGCAAAGAAAAUGAACUGGUAUCAAUUUUUGGCAUUGAUGAUUCAAUUCCUUUAACUUUAAGGAUAUUGGCUUGUGUUUCACUGGAGGUUGUGGAAGGUGAUGGUCUUCCAGAUAAAAUAUGCCAUCCAUGCAAAUUUCAGAUUUCUAAAUUUUUCAACUUUCGUAAAAAAUGCGAGACUUCUGAUUCCAAAUUGAGACAUCUUGUCAAAGAUUUAAGUGAAGAUGAAGGUAAUGAAAUCGAUUUUGAACAUGAAGAUCAAGAGAUGGAAGAGUCUGUUCAAGAGCAGAGCAAUCCAGAAACACAACAGCCUAAGACUCAUGUUGUAAAUCAGGAUAAUAUCAAAACAGAAAAAGAUUUAGUAGGGGUAGCGCAGGUUACAUACAUCCAACAACCAGAUGAAGCUGAAGACCCUGAGAACAUUACUUUACCAUCAGAAGUGGAGUUUAUUAAUAAAAAUGCAUGUACUUUAGAGGGGGAUCAAGUAAAGAAGGAUAUGGAGGAAGAUCAGACAGAUAAUGGUUCUAAUAUCUUCAUCAUUGACAAUGAGAAUCAACAAGGAUUAGAUGAUAAUAAUUUGGAUGCAAUUGCUGAUGCAGUUAAAGCUACUUUAGCUUCUCAACCAGAACUAAAACUUAGUGGACAAAUACAACUCAAAGUAAAUAAUUCUGAAGGAAAAAGUACUCAAGUUGAAAUUACAACCGAGGACGGAUCUGUAAUUAUUAUGGAGCUUAUGACAGAAGAUGCCACUGACCUAAUUCCUCCACCUAUGCCUGAAGCAGAAGACAAUAAAAAAAAUAAUGAUGGCGAACUGGAAAUUUUCAAGUGUCCAAAUUGUCCAAAGUCAUUCUCUCGAAGGAUUCAGCUGAGACGCCAUGAAUCUGUUCAUAUGCAACAACGCGGAUUUAGUUGUGGAAUUUGCGAAAAAUGGUUCCCUACAAAAUCCGCUUUGACACGCCAUGAGAGAAUUCACACUGGGGAAAGACCAUUUCAGUGUGAGGUCUGUCAGAAGAGUUUUGCACAAAAGGAAAUUUUAUUCAGGCAUCUCAUGACCCAUACAGGGCAGAAACCUUACAACUGUCCUCAUUGUCCUAAAGGAUUCACUCAAAAGGAACCACUUCGAGUCCAUUUACGAACUCACAUGACGACGGAUGAUAGUGAUAUUCAAUUACAUUAUUGUUCUCUAUGCCCUAAAGUUUUCUGUCAUGCUUCUGGUUUAAGCAGACAUUUAGUUACUCAUACUGGUAAAACAUUCAAAUGUCAGGAAUGUGAUAAGAUAUUUACAGAUAAAUCAUCACUUAAGAGGCACCACAGGCAAACUGGACAUGUGGGUUAGACAUUGAUAAAAAUGUUUUAUUUAUUUCCCUUAAUUUCUGCUUAGUUUUGACUAGGUUAUUCUACAUAUACUUUGAUUUUUAUAAAUAAUUACAACAAAUCUUGAUAAAGAAAUGAGUAUUAUACACUUUUCAUUAAAAAAAGAUAAUGAGAAUUUGUUUUUUAUAAUUAAUUUAAGUUUGUGAAGGAUUUAUCUUUAUUUCUGUAAAAAAAUUUGGUAGAUGCCAUUAUUCAAUAAAUAUUUAGUCUCA